ACGUCACUCCCUGACGGCGGCAUCAGAGCAGCACGGACGGCCAUCCGCGCAGCAGCGAGUCGCUCACUCCGGAACUCGGCGAAGGAAGACGGCGUCGGACAGCGGCUUUCUGCUGUGGGGCAAAUUAUUUCUUUUUACCGCGACUUUCCGCUUUUGUGGCUGAGCUACACGGAACAGCAUGGGUACCAAACGUUUCGAGUACAAUGACUAGCUUCCCGCACUGUAGCCAUAAACUGAGGGUUGCUAUGGUACUGCCAGGCAACAUCCCACCUGCUGCUGCCGCGACUUGUCUGUGUAAUAUCCAGGACCAGAAGGCUUGAGCAAACGCAAAAUGGUGAUUACCAGCGUGGCAUCCCUCGCAAAGACAUCGCUGGCCGUGGACGCAGAGUACAGAUGUUUGCAGUGAAGAGGAGCAGACUGGCGAGGACGUAGUAACAGGUGAUACGUGCCAGCGUGGAUUUGGAGGCGUCGAAGAGAGCUGAAGAUCAUGGGUAAAUCCAACAGCAAGCUCAAGCCAGAGGUGGUAGAGGAGUUGACAAGGAAAACCUACUUUACAGAGAAGGAGGUGCAGCAGUGGUACAAAGGUUUCAUCAAAGAUUGCCCGAGUGGGCAGUUGGAUGCUGUGGGUUUUCAGAAGAUAUACAAGCAGUUUUUCCCUUUUGGAGAUCCCACAAAGUUUGCCUCCUUUGUCUUCAAUGUGUUUGAUGAAAAUAAGGAUGGACGCAUCGAGUUCUCCGAGUUCAUCCAGGCCUUGUCAGUGACUUCCCGGGGGACUCUAGAUGAAAAGCUGCGAUGGGCUUUUAAAUUAUAUGAUCUUGACAAUGAUGGCUACAUAACCCGAGACGAGAUGUUGAACAUUGUAGAUGCCAUAUAUCAGAUGGUGGGGAACACUGUGGAGUUGCCUGAGGAAGAAAACACACCAGAGAAGCGUGUGGACCGCAUUUUUGCAAUGAUGGAUAAGAAUGCAGACGGGAAGCUGACUCUGCAGGAGUUUCAGGAAGGAUCAAAGGCAGAUCCCUCUAUUGUUCAGGCAUUGUCACUCUAUGAUGGACUUGUGUAGGAAUGUAAGAGCAAAGAAUACAGAAAGGAACUUCAGUCUGCGGGUUGAAACCAAAGUGAAGAAGCCACUUUCUGCUCUUGAGUUUGUUCUUAUGAAUUAUUCAUCUGGCUCAUUUGUUUACUGGCAAUCAAAUAUUCUUGCAGUUCUGAACGAAGAGCGAGACGGGGCCUCCUCUCACUGGCUAAUGUAAUGCACUGGCUGCUGCCAAUUGUUGCUGACAUCCUGCUCAGCGUUUUGUCAACUGUGAAGUGAGCUUGUGAAGACUUUUUUUUUUUUUUUGUAGUAACACAGCAGCUCUGUUAGUGAUUACCCAGCAUGCUCUGAACACAACCAGGUAUCAUAACUCAACUGCUCCAUUCACAUCCCUCUUGCACCUCAGAUGGAUCCCCCUCAGCUUCCCCCCACUGCCCGUUACACACCAGCACAGCACCAUCAAACUAAUAAUGGGAGGAAGCCACAUUUUAACUCGAUCACCCAGAAGCAGAUUGCAAACUUUUCUACUCCCAAGUAUCUGCCCAUCUGCGUUUCCAAUAGCGGACUGUGAACAAAUAUAUCGUCUGAUGUGAUAGCGAAUCCAAACCUGUCUGCAAAACCCUCUGUCGUUUGUGCGUGCUUCUGCAGCUACGCCGCAUCGCAUCACACCCUUGAGUAACUGUGGACUUUGGAAUAUUGUGUAGUCCGAGGUACUGAAUUCCUGUGGAGAUGUUCGUGUGCAUCUUAUUCACAUGCUGAAAAGCGGCAGAUGCAAAGUGAACUGCUCACUCAGAGGAACUGUGCUGCUGCUUCAUCACCACACAGAAAGACUCUAAACCACAGGAGAAUCUGUCAGGGGGGAAGAAAGUGUUACUUUUGUGAUAAUGUGAACACUAACUUAAAGAUACAAAGCAGUAUAGUGUGUAUUAUAUAAUGUAAAUAUAAUGGUAAUUUAUUUUCUGCUUUUUUUUUUUUUUGCUGCAUUUAUGGGAAUUUCCUCAUAAAUAUGGAAUGAAGUUUUAUUUUUAAAUCAAAGGUUGUUGAAAUGUAUUGCACUGUAUUUUUCAUUAUUGUUGCCCGAUUCUCAUUUUUGUCACGCCCCGAGGUUUCCUUUUCUCGAGAGAGCAGGGUUUUUGUUUUGUUUUUUCAUGUGAGGAGGAAUUUUGAAGUAGCACAGAGUUUUCUAUGGAUUAUUUUGCUGUGUUUGCAGCCCGUGCAUCCCAUCGUGGUUCAGUCUCCCUGCUGUUGUUCGCGCUCCUGCAGAGAUGCCCCCACCUCUCGAAUGGCCCGGCCAAGCAGCCCAGCCCGGUUCUCACAGCAGCCGAAUUGAAGUUCAGUAUUUCUUUGGAGAGCACCCUCAGCAAGACAAAGCCUUGGUCACUGAGAGGCACAGACAUCAUUUCUGACUGUGAAGCUUUUGUGAGCUCUGUGGUUGCAGUUGUCUGCUUGGUAUUUGUUCUGUGUGAUACCUGCGCAUGUAUUGAUGCCUUUUUUUUCCUCCAUUGGAUUGUUUUAUUUUGAGCAUUAAGAUGUUUUUCAGCUUCACUGAUUUUUAUGCCUUAUGCAAAUUUACUAAAUUCUAAAUGUCAUUUUCCUGUUGAUUGACAGUAUAAGAGCACAGAAUAAAAUGCAUUUAAGUGGCUAUCUUUUCUAUUACUGUAUCCUUAGUUUGUAAUGGAUAGAAAACUUUCAUUUUUUUUUAAAUAUAUACAUAUCUAUAUAUUUAACAGCUUUUAAUAACUUUAAGGGGCUGCUUUGUAGAAUGACUGUUGCUCAUGUGUUUAUUUGUAAUAUUUUAAACUUUACAAAUCUUAAUCAACUCUCAAGAAGUAACUCAAGUUUGCACAGACCCUGAUGCUUUGUGAUUAAAAUGUAAUUUAUUAUCAGUCCAGUUUUGCACUGCUGUACCACUGUUAAGGGAAGGUGUCAUGUCAAGCUUUAGUGCCUGUAAUGCUUUAUAACACAGAAUCUAACAUGCCAGCUUGCUCUGUGGUAUAAGCCUGCACUGUGUAGUUAUGUGAUGAACAAUGAAGUGCAUAAAACUCUGA